CAACAGAAACAGCGAGAGAGACUGAGGGAGCCGGUAGUUGCUGUAACUGGGGCAACAAGGGAACAGGAGGACGAGGCACUGGAUGUUACUUUCUACCAGACUGAUUGCAGAAGACUUUGGUGAAAUAUCAUGGGCUGUAUUGUAACGCAAAGCCGAAGAAUUUUGCUGGUGUGGUGAAUACAAAACAUGGCUGGAAGUGAAAAAUCGCAUGAACUACAGCAUCACCGCCUGAGGAUGUUGAAAGAACAGCAGAAUGGUAAUGCCACAGAUCUCUUGACACUGAAUGAGAAGAAACUGAAGGAUCGUGAGGAGAGGGAGACUAUUGUUUUAUGGAGGCGACCUGUCAUCACCCUGCAGUACUUUCUCUUGGAAACUGUUGUAAACUUAAAAGAAUGGGCAUUAAGGUUGUGGCAGCGACGACAGUUUGUCUUCGUCAUUCUGUUAUUAUUUGUUGUGGCUACAAUUGCCUACUACGUUGAGGGUGGGCAUCAACAGUACGUGCGUUUUGUGGAAAAGAAGUUCUUAUGGUGUGCGUACUGGGUAGGCUUGGGCAUUCUGUCUUCAGUUGGACUUGGCACGGGCCUGCACACGUUUCUGCUCUAUUUAGGUCCACAUAUUGCUUCAGUGACAUUGGCUGCUUAUGAAUGUAACUCUGUGAAUUUCCCGGAACCUCCGUACCCAGAUAAAAUAAUCUGUCCAGAUGAGAGGUUGGAAGAGACUAUCUCACUGUGGGCCAUUAUUUCCAAAGUCAGGCUGGAGGCCUGCAUGUGGGGAGCUGGCACAGCAAUAGGAGAACUACCUCCCUACUUCAUGGCCCGAGCAGCUCGCCUGUCGGGCACAGAAACAGAUGAGGAGCUUGAGGAAAUACUGGAACGUGAUCAGAAUGCAGAGGAUCUUCCGAACCGAGCAAAGCUGGCUGUUCAGCACCUGGUGCAAAAAGUUGGAUUCUUUGGAAUCUUAGCCUGUGCCUCGAUUCCCAAUCCCCUCUUUGACCUGGCUGGAAUAACAUGCGGACACUUCCUUGUGCCAUUCUGGACCUUCUUUGGCGCAACUCUCAUCGGAAAAGCUAUUGUGAAAAUGCACAUCCAGAAACUAUUUGUUAUUAUAAUGUUCAGCAAGCACAUAGUGGAACAGAUGGUGUCCUUGAUAGGGGCAAUUCCAAGCUUAGGCCCUUCACUUCAGAAACCCUUCAGAGAAUACUUGGAGGCCCAGAAAGCCAAGCUUCACCAUAAGUCUGGCGAUGCAGUAGAAGCGAAUGAAAAUUGGCUGUCCUGGAUCUUUGAGAAAGUAGUCAUCGUCAUGGUGUGCUAUUUCAUUCUUUCCAUCGUUAACUCCAUGGCCCAGAGCUACGCUAAACGGAUCCAGUCACAGAAAUACACUGAAGAGAAAAUGAAAUGAGAAAGUAACCUUUUUAUUUUAAAAAAAACAAAUUGCACAAGGCCCAGGUUAGAUAAUGAUUCAUGAAAACCAUCUGUUGUUUCUUUGUUCCACAAGCUGGAACUAAUUUAAUGGAGCGAAGUAGGUUGGGGGGGAACUAUUAUAAAUCUCUACAUUUACAGGUUGUGGAAAAAAAACUUUCUUUAUUAGCACAGAUACUACAACUUGAAUUCCACUUUCAUGGAUUCUUAUCUAUUUGUUGUCUCUGAUUUUAAAAAAAACAUUGAAAGUAUCUUAGUUUCAAUUAACGUCAUGUUAGUGAAUAAAGGAAAUUGCAGGAUGGAUGUAAAUAUUAAAUAUGGAACCCCAUUGAAAUAACAUUAAUUUGCUCCAAAUUAACUUGGGCACAGUGCAGAAUAUGCCCUCAAUAUGAUUUGUGAAAGUAAAAUUGCAUUAGCUGCUUGAACUCUCAGUUUGAGGAACACAUUUGUUCAAAGCCUAUUUUUGAAUGGAAUCCUCUGCAAAGCAAAGCAAACCCAUAUUGUCAGCUCAUAAAUACAAUGGUGGCAAAGUUUUAUUGACCUUUAAUAAGGACAACUUGAAAAUAACAGUUAAAUUCUCUUCAGAGAUUACUAAAUUUGAAUAGCUAAAUUGUGACAUUUUAAUCAUAUUUUUCUUCCUUUAUUGGAUCUUUACUCCAUUGCCCCACUUUCUACUGCACCUCAUUAAAUAAAUAGUCUUUGCUAUGGAUAUUUCAUAGUGUAGAUUCUUAAGCAACUGUACAAACUAUGAUUUGUUACCACAAGUUUCAUACGUUGAGGGUCCCAUCAGUAUUCCAAUACACAAUGACUAAGUGAGGUGCUAAAGAUAGGACAUCAUUUACAGGCUUAUCAAACUGGCUGAGAAGAGAAAGCAUUAGUGUUGAUGGCAAUUAUUUUGUUCCCUUCACACUUGCUGAUGGCGAAUCAAUGUGGACAGAGAGAGAGAAAAACAGUAUGUGUAGACUAUGUCAAAGAGGCAAAUAGAUUUUUGAUUUCUAGUAUUUAUUAUCUCAACCUCUGUAUUAUCUUAUCUAUCUCUUAAUGAGGUCGUAUGUUGUCUUGUGCCCUAUAUAGCACAAAACAUUUAAACUGAUAUUGCUCAUCUCUGCUCAUACUUUCCAAUGAUGGUGAAAGAAAAACUAUUAGAAGCUAUCCAUCUUUAACUGUACAUACAAAAAGCAACAUCAGUUUUUGCUCUGUAAAUUUUAACAUGAUAAAUUUAAUCUGACUUUAUAAAACUACAUUUGGUCAUCUUUCA